AUGAGUAGUGGAAGUUUUGGAUAUGGUGGCCAGAAUUAUGAUAACGGCUACCAACAUGUAAAAGACGCUCAAGUAGCUGGAAAUUGGAAUGGGGGCGUUGCACAAAAUAUGCAGCUCCCCCCUCCAAGCGCAGUUCCUCGGAAUGAUGGAGUUCAAAGUCAACCGCAGCAGCAUGAGGGAGGACGUUACGUGCCUCCUCAUCUACGUCAUAAUCAUGCACCUGAAACAAUACCUGAAGGAGUACCAGCUCCUGAAACCUGGAGACACUACCAGAGAGGUGAUAAUCCUCAUGGUGGAUAUGAUCAAAGAGGUGUUUCAAUUCGGAAAAGCCAGAGUUGCAUUGGGAUGGGAUCGCAGAGUUAUGGAAAUGAAAAGUGGAACAACAAUCAGUCGUAUAAUUACCAGCCAUCCAUGGGUGGACAGCCAGGAAGAGGUAGAGCUGGGUUUGGACCUCCUGCGGCAGGCUUCAAAAGUUAUCGUAGUCGGGGCAAUAGAGAUAACGAUUAUGGCUGUCAUGGAGGAAUGAGCCGACCCACUUAUACUGGGCGAUACUCUUUUGAUCGAAAUACCGUUCAUGAUGAGCAACAGUGGAACUCGCAGCAUCAAGGCGGAGGAUUUCCGCGUCAUGAAGACAAUGUCCCUGAUAACUCUCGUUGGGCUUCUUUGCGUGAUCCAAUCCCUGAGCGAGUCCAAAAAUGGACUGAGCAGCUUCCUCGUGAUGAGCGCCUAGAAUCUGAGCUGUUUACUGGUUUAAACUCUGGUAUCAAUUUUGAUAAAUAUGAGGAGAUUCCGGUUGAAGCGACCGGACAAGAUUGCCCUCACGCUAUUGCAUUGUUCUCGGACUUACAAUUACAUCCAUGGAUAGAAGAAAAUAUUCGUUUAUCUGGUUAUGUUCGUCCGACUCCAGUGCAAAAGUAUUCCAUCCCAACGUUAAUGAAUAAUCGCGAUCUUAUGUCGUGUGCCCAGACUGGUUCGGGAAAAACUGCAGCAUUCUUAGUACCGCUUAUUAAUAAUGUACUUCAGAAUGGACCGGAUGCUUUGCUGCGGAAAACGGUACUACAGAACGGUCGUCGUAAGCAGUAUCCUGCAGCUCUUAUUUUGUCACCGACGCGCGAACUUUCUAUGCAAAUAUAUAAUGAGUCACGUAAAUUUGCUUACCGCACUCCUAUUACUUCAGCACUGCUUUAUGGGGGCCGCGAGAAUUAUCGUGAACAGAUUAAUAAACUGCGUUUAGGGGUUCACAUUCUUAUUGCUACUCCGGGACGUCUUAUUGAUGUCAUGGAUCAAGGCUAUAUUGGUCUAGACGGCUGUCGAUUUUUAGUUCUUGAUGAGGCUGACCGUAUGUUAGAUAUGGGUUUUGAACCUCAGAUCAGACAGAUUGUCGAUCUCUCAAAAAUGCCAAAAAAAGGUGACCGUGUCACGGCAAUGUUUUCUGCAACUUUUCCAAAAGAGAUUCAAGUACUUGCCCAGGAUUUCUUAAUGCCGAAUUACGUGUUUCUGGCCGUUGGUCGCGUCGGUUCAACUUCAGAAAAUAUAAUGCAAAAAAUAGUUUGGGUAGAAGAGCAUGAAAAAAAGUCGUUUUUAAUGGAUCUUUUGGAUGCGGGAGAACCGACUGCUUUAACUCUUGUUUUUGUGGAGACAAAGCGUGGUGCUAGUGACUUGGCCUCUUACCUACAGAAGGACGGUUAUAACGUCGUCGCAAUUCACGGAGAUCUGAAGCAGUGGGAGCGUGAAAAACAUUUAGAGACAUUCCGUACUGGUGUUGCGCCUAUUCUUGUAGCUACUGCAGUUGCUGCUCGCGGUCUUGAUAUUCCUAAUGUGAAGCAUGUUAUUAAUUAUGAUCUCCCAUCAGAUAUCGACGAAUAUGUUCAUAGAAUUGGUAGGACCGGCCGUGUGGGGAACGUUGGUGAGCCGUUUAAUUUGGUUGAAAUAUUAAUUUUAUUUUUGCCAUUGCCUUCGGUUUUACCCAGAGAGGUUUCAGGGCUUGCCACUUCCUUCUUCAAUGAUAAAAACCGUAACAUUGCACGAGAUUUGGCAGACCUGAUCGUUGAAGCUAAUCAGGAAUUACCAGAAUGGCUUGAAAGAUUAUCAACUGAUGCACAGCGUUACGGCACUCGUCCUAAGGGGUCCCGUGGAGGACGUUUUGGUGGUCGUGAUCAUCGUGUGCAGUACACCUGUGGCGGUACGAAUGGGUCAAGUGGACAACAUCGUCAAAAUAAUGGCAGUUAUAAUUCGAAUUCUGGAUGGAAUCAGUCUCAGCGUCCACCACAACGUGUUGCUGCUAUCCAGCAGCACAGUCGUCAUCCGAAGAGAGAGUCAUAUAGGAAUAAAUAA